GGGCGCUCUAAAUGAAAGUGAAAGUGUUUGUGUUGCUCAGAUUUGCCAGGAACGGCUGGGGAACAGCUGACCUCUGAUUCGCUGAAAAACAGGAGACCACGGCUCUCGAUCUGAAGAGGACGGCAGUGAAAGCCCACCAGAGAGGAUGAAUUUUUUUUUUGGCUCCAGUGAAAAAGUCACAAGGGAACUGAAGUAUCUGCACUGUGUGUUUGGAAACACACUGAGAGCAGAUGAGGAAUAUCUGAGGAAGCUAAAGGAAGGAAUACCCGGCAUGAAGGAGGCGUCUAACGUGGAGGAGAGUGAUGUCAUUCUGGUUUUCUGUGCCGUUGUUUCUCAACCUGGAACUGAUAUUAAAGCAGCGCUGGAAAAGCUUCAGCAUCUAUCAGACUCCAAGCCUGUGGUUCUAGUGGUUCUCCAUCACACAUUUAACCCAGACUGCACUGUUCCAGACAGCAGCAGAGCAGUACCCAGACAGAGAACUCUCACUGUGGACUGUCUGUUCUACGAGGACCAAGGACUCCUGAGAAGCUGGAGGAACCAGGCAGCUCUGGAUAAAGUCACAGACUGGAUAAAAUCUGAGGUAAAAAUACAGGAUGGAUCCCAGACGUCUUUCACGAGCCUCUUCAAGAGCUCUUCACGACCUGCACCAUCACUAACCAUCACAGACCUCCAGGUCAAAAAACUCCAGCAAAGGAAUGAAGCUCUAAAAGCCUUUCUUAAGAAAGUGAAAGACACACUCACACAAAUAAUCGCAGAUGCUCCGAAACAUCAAAGACAGCUGGAAAACUAUCCACUUGGCGCUCUGAGUGAACUUCUGAGAGAAACAGAAAAUCAGCUUAGAGGGGAGGAAACCACGGAAGAGGAACAGCAGGAUACAGACGCACAAACAGCCGGCUGCCGUGAAAAAGCGUCAGGGGAACUGAAGUAUCUGCACUGUGUGUUUGGAAACACACUGAGAGCAGAUGAGGAAUAUCUGAGGAAGCUAAAGGAAGGAAUACCCGGCAUGAAGGAGGCGUCUAACGUGGAGGAGAGUGAUGUCAUUCUGGUUUUCUGUGCCGUUGCUUCUCGAGCUGGAACUGAUAUUAAAGCAGCGCUGGAAAAGCUUCAGCAUCUAUCAGACUCCAAGCCUGCGGUUCUAGUGGUUCUCCAUCACACAUUUAACCCAGACUGCACUGUUCCAGACAGCAGCAGCGCAGUACCCAGACAGAGAACUCUCACUGUGGACUGUCUGUUCCAUGAGGACCAAGGACUCCUGAGAAGCUGGAGGAACCAGGCAGCUCUGGAUAAAGUCACAGACUGGAUAAAAUCAGAGGUGAAAAAGCUUGAUGAACCCCAGAAACGUAAGUCUGCUACGCUACCUGGAUCAUCCCCAAUCACCACAGCCUCCCAGGAACAGCAGGACAUGCGAGCACAAAGACCAGAGUCGGAUAGAGCAACAUCUACUUCACGUUAUUCAGAACUCAGGCUGGUGCUCCUGGGUAGGACCGGAUCUGGAAAGACUGCAGUAGGAAACACCAUCCUGGGCUCAGAGAAUAGCCAGGCUGGCACACCUGCCACAGCCCAGGAAAUAACGAGAAGACAAGGAAGCGUUGGAGUUAAAGCUCUCACUGUGCUGGACACUCCUGAUGGGUUCUUCUCUGGACUUUCUCAGGAUGAAAUCAGGAACAUUGUCCACCUCUCCGCCCCUGGACCUCAUGCCUUCCUCAUAGUCAUUCCAGUAAAGGGGUCUACAGGAGAGGAGAGAGGGAUGGUGGAGAAGAUGGAGGAGAUUUUUGGAGAUAUAUGUUGGAGGAACACCAUCGUUCUUCUCACUGUUACUGAUGAAGAACAAAAGAGCAACGUUGAAGAGUUUAUCAGAUCAGGAAACCAGGAGGUUCAGAGACUGGUAGAGAAAUGUGGGAACAGGUUUCACUGUCUCAACAUUAAGGACAGUGGAGAUGGUUCACAGGUCCGACACCUGCUGGAGAAGAUAGAGAAGAUGCUGGAAGAAAACACAGAGAGAUUCUACAGCAGCGGGAUAUACCAGGAGAUCAGAGAAAUGGAAAAAAGAAUAAUAAAGAGUGUAUCUACAAAUACAAAAGAAGAUAUUCAGAGACAUGAAGAACAUAUUGAAGGUAUGGCUAAAAAAAUAGCAGAAUUCAAGGGAACCUGCAAAGAAGUAGCUCAACAGCUUGAGAGAACUAAAAAAGAAGUGAAGAAUCAGUGUGAAAAAAUGAAAAAGAAAACAGCUGAAUUAGAGCAGAGAUAUGAGCAGGACAUACAGCAGAUGAAGGAGGAAUAUGAUGGGGAGGGCUGGAAGGCUGACGAGAAAGAGCUGAUGAAGAUCAUCCUGCCUGAAGUUCAUUUCAUGCUUUGGGAUUUAAAGAUGCGGGAAUGGAAGCAGGUAAGGAGGCAGGUAGAACCCAGCAAACAGACGAAGGGAAUACAGACGGAAUCACUAAAGCAAAGCACUGAAGAACCAGAAGAGCGCAGCUCCAUAACUGACCAGAGAAGAAUCAGCAGCUCAGAUCCAGAGGGAGUGGAGACCAGUGAAGAAGCUUCAGAUGAAUAUGUGCAUUUGUACAUCUCUCCUGCUGAUGAGGAUGAUGAUAAAGACCAGAGUCCAGAGACUGAGGGGGCCACUUCAAGUGCUACAUGAGUUCAGUCUCUUCCAAACACGCCUAUAAGCAGCGUCCAGCUCUCUGGGUUAUGUUCUAGAUUAUUCAGUGAUGAUUAGAGCUCUGCCGUUACUGCAGGCCUAGACACCGCUAGCUGAGGUUCACAUUAGAAGGGCUUUAAUCUUUCUUUCUCACGCGCAACUCAUUUGAAAAAGCCUUUGCCUGCUGUUAGUGAUAAAAGCUCUUCAAGAGAUUUGACCACAUGAACACGACGAACCCUGAACUAGACAAACAAAAUACAAACAAACAAACAACGCUGCUUGUUUAUAUCUGCCGCAUUGUGCAUGAUCUCUAGCCAGAAAAUAUCUAAAAUAAUGUGCAUCCUUUACUUUUAGAUUUCUUGUCUUUUUAUUGAAGCCAUAUAAUUAAAACAGUUUCAUUUAAUUUAAAUGAACACAAGCUAAACAGGAGAACUGUUAGACUAUAAGUGACUUAACUGUCUGCUUUGUGUUUCACAGUCAUCUCAAUCUCACCUUCAACAAAAAGGCCAAAUCUGAGUACAGUAACACACUCUAUCAUACUAUAUAAUACACUAUAUGCCAAAAGUAUUCGGCCGUCUGGCUUCACACGCAUACGAACUUGAGUGAAUCCCAUUCUUAAUCCAUAGGGUUUAAUAGGAUGUCGGCCCACCCUUUGC